AUGCCUCCCGUCGGUGCUGCGUUAUGGCGCAGUCUGCGCGCCCAUCAGGUCUACGGUGCGAACACCGAUGUCGGAAAGACCAUCAUCUCCACGGUGUUGUGUAAUGCCAUCCAACGCCAGAACCAGCAAGCGGCGUUCCUCAAGCCUGUCUCAACGGGUGCACUGGAUGAUGCCGAUGACCGGCAUUUGAGGCGCUUCGGGGCUGGGACCCUCACCAAGUGCCUCUACCAGUUUGAUGACCCAGUCAGCCCGCAUUUGGCGGCCAAAGACAAAGUGGUACGAACCCCCUCAAUAACUCAAGUCAGAAAAUUAAUAUUGAAACAGAUUCCACGCGAUGAUGAUCUUCUCGCGUCAAUACACAGAACUCUCUCCGGCUGGGCACGGUCGGACAUUGACUUCGCCCUGGUUGAGACGGCCGGCGGGGUGCAUUCUCCCGGUCCCAAUGGCAACUCCCAGGCAGACUUGUAUCGGCCACUUCGUUUGCCGAUUGUCCUCGUUGCGGACUCCCGCUUGGGGGGUAUUUCCUCUUCCAUCUCUGCUUACGAGUCGUUGCUCCUCCGCGGCUAUGACGUCUCAUCCGUUGUCCUGUUCCGGGACGAAUACUAUCAGAAUCAUGAAUAUUUACGAGACUACUUCAAGGGGAAGAGUAUUCCUCUAGUUUCCUUACCGGCACCGCCUCCUCGGCCGGACCAGUUGGAUGCCAGCUCUCAAUUGAGAGAUGAGGAAGCCAUGCUCAACUACUACCAAAAGUCUGCCAAGGAAUCGGAGAUCCUUCGACUCCUCGAAGGCAUGAACGAGAAAAAUGUCAAGCGCAUUGAGCGCCUGGAAGAGAUGGCGGAUCGUGCCCGCGACUUGAUCUGGUACCCCUUCACCCAGCACCAAGGGAUGAAAGCCAAGGACAUUACCGUGAUCGACUCCGCACACGACGACUAUUUCCAAACAUUUGGCUCCAGCGAGACCAAGUCAGAGAGCGAACUCCGCCCGACUUUCGAUGGCUCAGCGUCUUGGUGGACUCAGGGAUUGGGCCAUGGAAACCCUGAUCUGUCGCUCUCAGCGGCCUAUGCCGCCGGUCGGUAUGGCCAUGUCAUGUUUGCAGGCGCGGUUCACGAGCCCGCGCUUUCGCUAGCCAGUGAUCUACUGAAGACACUGGAUAAUCCACGUUUUACAAAGGUGUUCUACACAGACAAUGGAAGCACAGGAAUGGAGGUCGCCGUGAAAAUGGGUCUCCGUGCAUCUUGCGACCGGUACGGCUGGGACGCAAGCCAGGAGCAGAUCGGCAUUUUGGGACUGAAGGGUAGCUACCAUGGCGAUACGAUUGGUGUCAUGGACUGUUCGGAGCCUUCGACGUUCAAUCAGAAGGUUGAGUGGUACCGCGGCCGUGGUCAUUGGUUCGACUUCCCUCUCGUCAAGAUGGUCGAUGGGGCUUGGAAGGUUGAAGUUCCAAACGAGAUGAAGAAAGAUCUCGGCGAGGAUGCCGAGUUCUCUUCUCUGGAUUCGGUCUUCGACUUGGCCAAGCGUCAGAAUUCUGCGACAGCUCUUCGCUACAAGGAAUAUAUUCGCCGCACUAUUGAGGAUCUUGUUCAGCGCCAGGGCAUGAAGUUUGGUGCUCUGAUCUUGGAACCUGUGAUUCUCGGUGCUGGUGGAAUGCUCUUCUGUGACCCGCUGUUCCAGCGAUGCUUGACGGAUGUGGUCCGCGACCACCCCGAGCUGUUCUCCGAUAACGCGCCCGCUCCGAAGCAAUCCCCUUCGUGGUCCGGCUUGCCAGUCAUCUUCGAUGAAGUAUUCACCGGACUUUACCGUCUCGGUCGACGAACUUCUGCCUCUUUCCUUGGAGUCUAUCCCGAUGUCGCUGUCAAUGCCAAGCUUCUGACUGGAGGUCUUAUCCCUCUUUGCACGACUGUCGCCAGCGAGGAGAUCUUCAAUGCAUUUUCCAGCCCUGAAAAGAGCGAUGCCCUCCUCCAUGGGCACAGCUACACCGCCCACGCCGUUGGAUGCACAGUCGCCGUGGAUUCUCUGAAGACCAUGGCGAAGCUCGAUACCGACGGAUCAUGGGACAAGUACCGCGAAGACUGGCGAACCUCCUCCAACACUUCGAAUCAGUCGUCAGCUCCGAAUGUUUGGAGUGUCUGGUCCCAGGGCCUGCUUCAAGACUUGUCCUGCGCGGACUCUGUGGAGAGUGUCUUCGCCAUUGGAACCGUAUUGAGUAUCUCGCUUCGCGAUGCAGAGGGUGGUGGCUACACCUCCAACGCUGCCAAGGGGCUCCAGCAGAAGCUAGCAGCUGGCGGUGAUCAAUUCAAUGUUCACUCGCGUGUCCUCGGUAACAUUUUGUACUUGAUGUCUAGUGUGACUUCCAAGCCUGGAAAUCUGCAGGAGAUGGAGAGACUGCUCCGAUCCUCGUUAGCUUAG